AUGGUUGCGACGUUGACAGUAUUGCACCCAGAUCUGGAGAUAGCAGACAAUGCAUUCCCCCCACCCCGCACUGCUCUGUCCAACCUCAAACUAUUGGAUAAGGAGGUGAGAGCUGUCUUCCUCAGGCUCUUUGCGCAACUCUUCCAGGGUUAUAGAUCAUGCCUGCAGCUCAUCCGGAUCCACUCUGAACCUGUCAUUCACUUUCACAAGACUGCCUUCCUGGGUCAGCGAGGCCUGAUCGAGAAUGACUUCCUGACCAAGGUCUUGGAUGGUAUGGCCUUCGCUGGCUUCGUCUCAGAGAGGGGUCCACCUUACCGGGCGUGUGAUCUCUUUGAUGAGCUGGUGGCCUUUGACGUAGAUCGCAUCAGGGAAGAGGAUGCGGACCCAGUGAAGCUGCAGAAGCACAUGCGGGAUCUCUCGGAGCAGCUGUACAAAAACGAGAACCCCAACCCCCACAUGGCGUUCCAGAAAGUCCCGCGGCCCUCGGAGGGCUCCCACUUGCGGGUGCACCAGGUGCCCUUCCCCCCUCUGCAGGACGACAAGGUGGAGGGACUGCUGCUAGAGGCCGCCGCCAAGCACGCCGCCACCCCGACCGUGCCUCGCCCCGAGAAGAAGUGUGUGGUGCCAGCCGGACCCCCCGUGGUCUCCAUCAUGGGCAAGAGCUGCUCGGUGUUCAACAGUGCUCGCAGGCUGGAGGUGGUGAGGAGCUGCAUCUCCUUCGUCUUCGACAACAACAACCUGGAGACGGAGAAGAGCCUGCCAGCUGCGCUGAGGGCCCUGAAAGGCAAGGCAGCGCGCCAGUGUCUGACCGAGGAGCUCUGUCUCCACGUGCGGCAGAACCGGGCCAUUCUGGAUCACCAGCAGUUUGACUACAUCAUCCGCAUGAUGAACUGUGCUCUCCAGGACUGUUCCAGCUCAGAGGAGUUCACCGUGGCGGCCGCCCUUCUUCCCCUCAGCACCGAAUUCCACCGGAAACUAGCCGGGGUGAAGCAGUACGCCUACACAUGUGUCCAGGAUCAUCCCAUCUGGACAAACCAGCAGUUCUGGGAGGCUACCUUCUACAGCGAGGUCCAGAACAAGAUCCGUUCCCUGUAUCUCAGCAGUGCGGAGGAGAAAGUAGGCAUCACUGCCAGACUGAAGGACGCGGCUCCCCUGGCACCAGAAGCCCAGGCAGCGGCAGGGUUAGGCCGGGCCGAGGAGCACACAGCCAUGGACCUGGCCGCGGAGCAGCUGCGCGCCUGGCCCUGCCUCAGCAAGCAGAAGCAGCAGGAGCUGGUGAAGAACGAGGAGAGCACUGUGUUCGGCUGGGCCAUCCACUACGCCAGCCUCAUGGUCUACCUGCUGGUGCCUCUGGACACCAGCAAGAACAAGCUGCUGCGCAACCACCCCGCCACCGACUGGGAGAGCGGCAGCAACAGCAUAGUGACCAACAGCAUGGCGGGCAGCGUGGCGGAGAGCUUCGACACGGAGAGCGGCUACGAGGACUCUGAGAGCAGCGACGCGGCCAACUCUGUGGUGCGCUUCAUCGUCCGCUUCAUCGACAAGGUGUGCACGGAGAGCGGCGUGACCCAGGAGCACAUCAAGAGUCUGCACAACAUGAUCCCAGGCCUGGUAGCGAUGCAGAUCGAGGUUCUGGAGACGGUGCACAGAGAGAGCCGGAGGCUGCCUCCCAUUCCAAAGCCUAAGAUCCUGCGGCCCACGCUGCUCCCCGGGGAGGAGCUGGUGUCGGAGGGGCUGCGGGUGGUCCUCGACCCCGACGGCAGGGAGGAGGCCACGGGGGGCCUCCUGGGAGGUCCGCACAUCCUGCCAGCAGAGGGCGCCCUCUUUCUCACCAACUACCGCGUCAUCUUCAAAGGAACGCCGCACGACCCACUAGUGGGGGAGCAGCCAGUCAUCAGAGCCUUCCCAGUUUCCACCCUGGUCAAGGAGAAGAAGAUCAGCCUCCAGAACCAGCUGCAGCAGAACAUGCAGGAAGGCAUGCAGCUCCGCUCCGCCUCCUUCCAGCUGAUCAAAGUGGCCUUUGACGAGGAGGUGACCUCAGAGAUGGUGGAGAUCUUCAGGAAGCACGUGCAGAGGAUCCGCUACCCACAGUCCAUCUUCAGCAGCUUCGCCUUCGCCGCGGGACAGGCGGCCCUGCAACUCAGCCAUCCCAAGCAGAAGGAGAAAAACACAGGCUUCAGGACACUGUCCAAGUCCAUUGUGAAGGGAGCCCGGAAGGCGGGGAAGAUCACCAUGGGCAGAGGCGGCCAGACCACCCUGAAGAAGAGCGAGCGGGGCAGUAGGAUGACCUGGAACGAUGACGACGACAUUUCAUUAUCGGAUGACGGGGAGCCCCCCCCCAGCAGCACUCUGCGGGCCUCAGAGAAGUCCACCAUGGAGCAGCUGGUGGAGCGGGCGUGUUUCCGUGACUACCAGAGGCUGGGCCUGGGGACCAUCACCCUCAGCGCGUCCCGCACCAAAACGGGCGAGCAGUUCCGGAUAACUGCGGCCAAUCGACUCUACUCCCUCUGUCGCAGCUACCCGGGGCUGCUGGUGGUUCCCCAGGCCGUGCAGGACAGCAGCCUGCACAAGGUGGCCCGCUGCUACAGACACAACCGGCUGCCCGUGGUGUGCUGGAAGCACCCCCGCUCCAAGGCCCUGCUGCUGCGCUCCGGGGGCUUCCACGGCAAGAGUGUGGUGGGGCUCUUCAAGUCCCAGAACCCCUCCACUACAACCACUACUUCAUCCUCCGAGUCUUCCAGUAGUCUAGAACAGGAGAAGUACCUGCAGGCCAUCCUUGACUCCGUUCCAGUCCACUUCAAGAUGAACGGCAACAACACGCUAUCCAACCGCUCCCAGAUCGGACUGUCACCAGGUACACCAGGUAGUGAAAGGCGGACGUCCAGGAUACCAAAGAUGGCCCCUGUCCAUUUAGAUAUCCCCUUCUCAAACAGCUUCACCAGGGGGGUGCUUGGGUACAGGGAUAAACUAUUCAAUCACUCAAACCCAAAGUCUGCCAGUAAGGGAACAGCCCAAAAUCAAGGUGUCUGGGCCAGCCUUCGCUCUAGCAGUCGUCCCAGCCAGCUCCAAUCGCCGGGUGAGCAGGGUGCCAGGAUAGCCGGGAAGGAUCUGGCGCCCCCUGCAGGGAGCAGCGGCCUUCAGGCUCAGCUCCUCAAGCAACAGGCGGCAUUCUACAUCUUCGGAGAGAAGUCUCAUCUAAGGGGCCUGAAGAUGGACUCGUCGCUGAACUGUGAGCUGGUGCCGGUGGACUUUGCGGACACACGACAGGUGAAGGCGGCGUUCAAGAAGCUGCUUAGGGCGUGCGUUCCCAGCGCCACCUCCUCGGACGCGGAGGACUCCUUCCUCAGAGCCCUGGAGGAGUCUGAGUGGAUCUCACAGCUACACAAGAUCCUAGAGUUGGCCCUGCUGCUGGUGGAUCUGCUGGACACCGGCUCCUCGGUUCUUCUCAGCCUGGAGGACGGCUGGGACAUCACCACACAGGUGGUGUCUCUGGUGCAGCUGCUCAGCGAUCCCUUCUACAGGACUCUGGAGGGCUUCCAGGUGCUGCUGGAGAAAGAGUGGCUCUCCUUCGGCCACAAAUUCAGCCAGCGCAGCAACCUGAGCCCCGGCAGCCAGGGCAGCGGCUUCACGCCCAUCUUCCUGCAGUUCCUGGACUGUGUCCACCAGCUUUUGGACCAGCAUCCUCUGGAGUUUGAGUUCAAUCAGCAGUAUGUGAAGUUCCUGGCGUACCAUCACAUCUCCAACCGGUUCAAGAACUUCCUGCUGGACUCUGACUACGAGCGCCUAGAGCACGGCACGCUGUUCGAGGACAAGGGGGAUAAGCAGGCCAGGAGGGGCGUGUGCAUCUGGGAGUGGAUCAACCGAAUGCACAGGAAGAGCCCCGUCUUCUUCAAUUAUAUGUACCGGCCCAGUGAGACUGAGCCCACCCUGAAGCCGGUCAUCAUCAACAUCCCCAGCCUGGCCAAGUGGGACUUCUUCACGGACGAGACGCUGUCCACCGGGCCGGCCUACGACUGCAGGAUGAUGGCGUCGCGGGGGGACGGGGGCGACGAGGCGGACACCAUCUCCACCAGCAGGAGGCGCAUCGUGUGGCCCUGCUACAGCAGCGUGAGCCGCGCCCAGCCCGACGCCAUCACCCAGCUGCUGGCGGACAUAGAGAGGCUAGAGGGCGAGCUGCACCAGUCCCCAGAGAGGUGGCACACUACGUUGGAGCAGGUCCGUGCCAGUGUCCAGGAAGACCUCAAGCAAGAAGGAAACCUCCGGAAGCAGUCCCUGUCCCUCUCGGGGCUGAUCCCCACCUCCGGCCUGCAGGCGUUCCAGCGGCGCUCCAUGAUGCACCUCCCGGACAGCGGGCUGGGGGAGGACCGCAGCGCCGUCACCCCCAACGGGGUCAACCGCCGCGCCGCCACGCUCUACCACCAGUUCACCCCCAAGAACGACGAGAACAGGUCCUACGAGGGGAUCCUGUACAAGCGCGGAGCCCUCCUCAAGGGAUGGAAACCGCGCUGGUUUGUGUUGGACGUCACAAAGCAUCAAUUGCGAUACUACGACACCGGGGAGGACACUAACUGCAGAGGACACAUCGACCUGGCCGAGGUGGAGUCGGUGGUGAUCGCCGCCCCCACCAUCGGAGCUCCCAAACAUAUCAGCGAAAAGGCCUUCUUUGACCUGAAGACCAGCAAGAGAGUUUACAACUUCUGCGCCUCGGACGCUCCCACCGCUCUGGUCUGGAUGGACAAAAUCCAGAGCUGCAUCUCCGACGCCUGACGGGUGCACACACCCAGAACCACGUGGCCUGAUGGGUGCACACACCCAGAACCACGUGGCCUGACGGCUUCGUCACGGCAGGGUCCUCGCCGACAAAAGGUCUCCCGCGCCCCCCAAAGGUGCUUUCAUCUUUUUUAAUUUUUUUUAUCUCACAAAAGAGACACAGCUUCGGCUUAUCUUAGCUUAGCUGUCAACCACGGGGACCACAAGUGAACCAAGUGCCUGGUGUGGGGAGGACGUGGGUGUUACUGCGCCCCCCCCCCCCCCCCCCCUAAUCCGCCUGUUUCAAGGCAGCCUGCUGGGGCUGUCAUCGCUAUAUUUAUCUGCUU